AUGUCACAUAAUUCAAAUAAAAAAUUACCAACAUUAGCGCUACAUUUUUACAAAUUACGUAGCUACGACUAUCUGAUCCCUGAUGAUGCAGACGAACUUCAGGCCCUAGGAGAUUUGGUAGCAGAAGCCAUUUAUGGUGCAAACACUCUUAAUUCCUCGUAUUAUGUGGCCCCAUCUGCUAUUGGGCUUUAUGCGACUGCUGGGGCUAGUGACGAUUGGACAAGUAAAAGUUAUUGCAGUGCUAUUUCUAAAGCUUUGUCGAAAAAUGGAUGCCGAAAAACCCCGAAAUUCUAUGUUUGGACUGAGAACGUUGCUGGUCGAGGAUCCAAUGAGGUUGGAUCAGCGCUACUUCAUUUUCUUAGACAUGCUCAGUUCAACGAAUCAGUGAACAAAAUCCGCUUAUUUUGUGACGGGUGCGGAGGACAAAAUAAAAACAGCCUGCACAUGCUCAUGUCACGGCACAUGAAACAAUCAUGUACUGGCUUCAUAAAGCCCCAUUUCACACUUCGCUCCUUCGAAUCUAAAAUCCAUAUUAAAGAUAUUGAAAUAGUUUUUCCCGUGCGAGGUCAUUCCUACUUGCCUGCUGAUCGAGUCUUCGGGCGAGUAGAGAAAGAAUUACGCAGACAUGACAGAAUUAUUUUACCUUCAGAUUAUACUGAUAUCUACAAAAAAUUUGGAGAGGUUUUUGAGUUGGAAAAGGACUGGCGUGUGUACGAUUUGAAGGGUCUACUCACGAUAUUUCAGAAAUACCACGGGAUAAGCGAACAAAAAGUUGUUAACAUAAAAAAAAUUGAGUCGUGGUAAAAAACAGCAGCAUGUAACAGUAAUUUCUCAAGUAUUUUAUAGAAAUAAAGACCCUUCAAAAAAAGAACAAACCCUUUUAAAAAGAGGGAAAUCUUUAGCGGGUGUUUCACUGAGUCUGUUAUUGGAUGAGCACAAAAUUUCAGCUGAUAAAGGAAAAGCGGUAAAUAAUCUUUUAGUUGCGAGUUUUGGAGAAAACUGGCGAUGGCAUGGCGCCUAGAAAAAAGUUUGUCGUGGUAUUUCGAACUAUUGAUCAGUGACUUUCGAAACUCUGAAAAUAAUAAUCCAGAUGAUGAAGCAAAUUGCGACUGUAUCCCAGGAGAACCUGAGUUAAAAACUUAAUUAACUAUGUUGUAAAUUCGUUCUUUGCAUUAUUUACUUAAAUUUUAUCAUUGU